UCAAAAAAUCCUACUUCCAGACUCGCCGCUACGAUUUAGCGCCAUGACUUUGGUAUCGCCUAAAACCGUAGUGUUGUGUGGUGUUGUGCAUCUCCCCAUUCAUCUCUGUUGAAACGGAGAUACAGCUCUCUCUUCGUUCGUAACGUUCAGUUCCUCUGGUAGGGAUGCGUAGUCCAUGCUAAGUAUAUGUCGAGAUGUCAACCUGUUUGGAAAAAUGUCCGCUCUCUGUAGUUUCUUGAUGCGUUUUAAUGACUAAAAGUAGAAAUGGCAACAAGCGCGGAAUGCGCGGACGAAAGGGGUCAAGAAGGACCUAUUCGAUGUAUAUUUUUUUCCGAGUUUCAUCAUAUCGCUGGACCGAAAAUCACUUGUCAGGUACCGGAUAAUUUUGUUUCUAAGGACAUCUUUGAUAACGUUAGUGUAUAUAUUAUUCCCAAAGCACAACUCCAAAGGAGCACGAUCACUGUAACACUGAAGGAGUUUAAAAUUUUAGGAUUUCCUGUUAGAAUUGAUAAUAAAAAGUAUGCAAGAAAUGCCUUUUAUUUCAAUCUCUGUUUUGUAUGCGAUGCAGAAGCACGAACUGUUCACUAUGAACCAGUAGUUAAAAAAAUGUCUGAAUUCUUGAUAGCACUGGAAAUAGAAAAUUGUUUUUUAUCAGCAUCAGGAGAUAAAACAAGACUUGCCCAAAUGUUACAACAUGUCAUGCUAGAUUUAAACAUGCAUAAGAUGUGUACAUUGACAGAAGGUACAAUGACAUCACACUUAAAGGUUGUUAGACAAGCUCCAGAACCAAAACCAAUUUUAGACCAUCAGGUACCAAUAUUUUUGGAAGGGCGCGAAGCGUUUCAAAGUGAUCAGUGGGAUUUGACGACUCAGCAAGUCUUGCCAUAUAUAGAUGGUUUUAAUCAUGUGGCACGUAUUGCAGCAGAGGCUGAUGUGGAAAACAAUUUAGUCAAAAGUUGUGUACAAAAUCUUGUAUACUAUGGUGUGGUUACCCUUAUCCCUAUAUUUCAAUACAGUAACGUAUAUGCCACCACGCCAAAACUGAAAAAGCUGGCCGAAGAUGUUGAAUUACAAGAUAAAUGCGUAGCGUACGCAUCAAAAUCUUUAAGACAGCCAGCUUAUCUCAGGGACAUAUAUCGCAUGUACGCCAGUAUGACGCAUGGCAGUAGUAUGCGUGACCUCUGUCAGAGGUUAAAUCCUCAAAAUUUGCGAAUUAAUGAGAGAAGAUUAGUACAGUUUGGUCUAAUAGAAGGUCUCAUACGUAGAAUUUACAAGUACCCAAUACACAUACCGAGUAAUUCAACCGAAGAGGGCCGGACCAAUCCAAUCUACAAAUACUUCACUGGCGCAUUCAACUUGGACGAAAUUUGCUGUUGUAUCGGUCAAUCGGUGGCACAAAUCGAAGAAAUAGUGGAACGCGAUCCGAAUGUUGUUAUGUUAUGGAAGUGAAAAAUAAUGAUUUUUAUGACUAGGAAACAGAAAGUGAAGCGACAGAUUUUCGGUACCUGUCUUUAUGAGAUAGCUCUUAUUUUCGCAUAGCGAUACCUACCUGCGGUUAUUUAUAUAAUAAAGAAUUUCAAUAAAGUUUUUAAACCGAA